UCUCUGUAGCUCUUCAAUUAUUCGAAAAUGGCGACUACCGAUCCACGGGAACAAGCACUGGGGGACUACAGAAGAAAGCUUCUUGAACACAAGGAGCUGGAAGCUCGUCUAAAAGAGAUGAGAGAAAAUUCCAAGGAGCUAACAAAACAGUACGAUAAAUCAGAAAAUGAUCUGAAAGCUCUGCAGAGUGUAGGACAGAUUGUUGGAGAAGUACUAAAACAACUGACAGAAGAUAAAUUCAUCGUAAAAGCUACCAACGGACCAAGAUAUGUUGUUGGUUGUCGGCGCCAACUGGAUAAGUCGAAGCUCAAGCAAGGAACCCGUGUUGCCCUGGACAUGACAACACUGACUGUCAUGAGGUAUCUACCACGCGAGGUUGAUCCCCUGGUGUACAAUAUGUCCAUGGAAGAUCCUGGUGAUGUGAGCUACAACCAGAUCGGUGGUCUCGGCGAACAAAUAAGGGAACUGCGAGAGGUCAUUGAACUGCCACUGUUAAAUCCUGAGCUGUUCCAGAGAGUAGGUAUCACCCCUCCAAAGGGCUGUCUCUUAUAUGGCCCCCCGGGCACCGGUAAAACACUCCUAGCUCGGGCUGUGGCCAGUCAGCUGGAUGCCAACUUCUUAAAGGUUGUCUCGAGUGCCAUUGUAGACAAGUAUAUUGGAGAGAGUGCAAGAUUGAUCAGAGAGAUGUUUGCUUUUGCCAGAGAUCACGAACCCUGUAUUAUAUUUAUGGAUGAAAUAGAUGCUAUUGGUGGCAGGAGGUUUUCAGAGGGAACAUCUGCAGACAGAGAAAUUCAGAGAACUUUAAUGGAGUUGUUGAACCAGAUGGAUGGAUUUGACGCAUUAGGACAAGUGAAAAUGAUUAUGGCAACAAAUAGACCGGACACACUAGACCCAGCCUUGUUACGACCGGGACGCUUAGACAGAAAGAUCGAAAUCUCUUUGCCAAACGAACAGUCAAGAUUAGAGAUUAUGAAAAUCCAUGCACAGCCAAUAGCCAAGCACGGGGAAAUAGAUUGGGAAGCUGUGGUGAAGUUAUCCGACGAUUUUAAUGGCGCUGAUUUGAGAAACGUUUGCACAGAAGCAGGUAUGUUUGCCAUUAGAGCCGAGCGGGACUAUGUAAUAGAAGAGGAUUUCAUGAAAGCCGUCAGGAAAGUUGGUGACAACAAGAAAUUGGAAUCUAAAUUGGACUACAAACCCCUUUGAUUGUUUAUCAUAUUUACAAACACCAUGAACAUCACAUUUUUCAUCGGUGGAGACAGAAUUGGACGAUUAUUGUUGAUGAACAACAAACUUUUACUCACAUGACUCAUCCUCAGUGCGACACCAUACACUACAUAUAUAGAGUGUGUUACAUUGAAUAAAUCUACAGGUUUAUGUA